AUGGGAUGCGCAUCAUCCUCGCAAAGCGAUCACAUUAAAGUUAAAGUAGACAUGUCUUGGCCUGGUGGUCGAAAGAAAAUUGUGAAAAGAAUUCCAGUUACAACUACAGUUGGUCAAUUGAAGCAAAAACUCAAUGCACCCAAUGCAAAACUCAGUGGACAUUUACAUAAACUCGAAUAUUGGGACAAUAGUCGACCAAUAGCUGAUUAUUUAGCUCAAAACCGAAAGAAAUUCAAAUGUAAUUUGCAAUUGAGUAAACAAUAA